UCGGACGACCUUGUAUGAGGUAGAUGCUGUAACCUUUCUUCAAGGAAGCAUCUUAUUCUUGGCACUUCACGACACGAACCUGCACGGCGACGCCCCGUUUGGCCCAGACUCCAGACUCCAGAUUCUUGUCAGCCAAAAGAGCAUGCUUCGGGGAGAGGGCGAUCGUCAAAGGGGGCACAGCAUACAUGCUGCAAAGCUACUUAACCGCUGUUUCAAAUAUCGGGCAUGUGGGCGGAUCGCCGGUGGCACGACAUCCCUCGACCGUUCCUUUGAACCGCAUAGCUAAGGAUUCGUGUUGCAGGCUGACACGGUCCAAUCAGACUCCCAAAGAGCGACAAAGAGAAGAUGUGGACUUAGACAUGCAUCAACAGAGAGCCGUUGAAUCGUCGAGAUUCGAGCGUUCGAGAUGUUCUCCCCCCGGACGAGGAAAGUUCUAAACCAACCAUCACGUAUAGCGGCUACGGCGGGCCCAAUUUGAUGCACCA